AUGCUAAGAUCAGCUUUUCGACAUAAAAGCUCCAAAGAGCCAAGGGAUGAAAGCUCAACUCUUGAUCGAAAACUGUAUGUAAACAAUGGUGACGACGAACGAUAUACGUUAAAAGAACUUGAAGACAGCGAUUGCAAUUCAUUCGARGACACAGUAGAAUGUAUCGACAAUAACUCGGAUGAAGCUCAAAAUCCUGGGGAUUUCAAYAGAAAUGUUUUGACAAAAAUUUAUAAUCCCAGUCUCGACCAUCAGUUGGACACAAUGGAGCAAAAUAAUUUUCCUUAUACAGAGAGGGAAAUCUACGAAAUGCAACUCGUUCAACUUCAAGAACAACUUGUUGCAAUUAUGAUUCAAGAUCAAGAAAAAAUACAGAUCGUCGACAGAUUGUGGGAUUUUGUUAAUGAAGAAUCAGAGUCAACWACUGAAGAUGGCAUUGGGGAAGAUAUUGGAGAUCCGCUUGCCGUGAAAACUCUAAAGGAGAACAUCAAUCGAUUUAGUAAUGGAGUCAAACCAGUCACAUCGUUCAUCAGGUCAGCAACSAAGAUUGGUAGUUGGUCAAACCCAGCAGCUUCACUCAUUGCAUUUAUAAUGUACAUGUAUGCUGCUCUCUAUGGAUAUUUGUUCUCUUUCCUGUUGUUGCUAAUGAUAUGGAARCUGUUUAUGAAUUAUCUUCAUGCAAGGGGAAUUGCAGCACAACUAGGAUUCGCAAGUAAAGACAAAGAUGAGUCUCCUUCCGAAGAGAAAAGCUGGUCAGACAAAUUUCAACUAGUUUUACAAGUUGCUAGAAAAGUUCAGAAUAUKCUGGGGAAAAUGGCUGAUUCUCUGGAGAAGAUUAAAAAUCUUUUGACGUGGCAGCACCCAGCAACAAGARCUUUGUUUACCAAUUURUGUAUUUUAUUUGCUGCUUCAAUUGUUCUAAGUGGUCCAUCUCUCUUUAUGUUCAUGGCUUUAGGAUUUGGUAUCAAGUUGUUUAUAACUGGACCACUCUACGCCAAAUUUCCUAAGGUAAAGCAGCGUUAUGAUGGGGUUGCACGCAUUUGGAGUGAACUUCCGACCGACGCUGACUUAACCGCUAAGGAUAUCAUUGACGCUGAUAAUGCAGUCAAUCAUACUGUGGGUACUAAAACAACUGAAGCAGCAUCGUGUUCCAUGACAUCCAAUCAAAAUAUAACGUCCACGCAAGGUGGAUCACAACACUGGGCAAAUAUCUGUGAUAGAUUAAAGAUACCAUUAACAGAAACUCCAUUGCCAACUUGGGAAGAAGGUCGCCGAUGUACACUGAUGAACAAAGAUAAACCACUGACAAACAUGAAAAAUGGUCGAUUAUUCUUGACUCAAAAUUUCUUGUGUUUUGAAAGAAGUAAAACUGGUUCAUCCAAGAAUUUUGCCAUCAAGCUUUCAAAUAUUGUCCAUGUAUCUAAAUGCAAGCCAAUAGGAAUAAUGCCAGGCACUGGAAUGGCUAUCGAAGUUGAGGUGAAAGGAUCAGACAAGCCGUAUAUUUUUGGAGCAUUACUGGGACGUGAUGAACUCUUUGACAAUUUAGUUAUGACAGGACGUGCUGCAGAUCUGGACUGGGCAAAACUGAGAUGAACAUCAGCAUCGUUUCAAGAUUUAAUGGAAUGAUAUUAAAUCGUAAUACUUUUGUAUUAGAGGAAUAGGUUCGCUAAUGUGACUUUGUGAUAGAAUUUUGUAUAUAUACGAAAAGCAAAAARUAAUAAAAAAGAUUCAAAUAA